AUGACAAAAUUGGGCCAGAAACGUCGGAAAUCCGGAUUCCAAGCUGGGAUUACAGUUGGCUACACCUAUGAUGCCUUUUUUGUUUCUGAUGGUCGCUCAAGGAAGCGCAAAUGUGCGGAGUUGAGCGAGGGCAUCAAUGUGCCCUCCUCCUCCUCCUCUUCUGAGUCCUCUGAGUGUGCCUCCAGAGUUUCAACUCCACUGCAGACAUCUCUGCCACCUCGCUUCACCUGCAGCGAAUGUGGUAAGCACUACGCUACCUCCUCCAACCUAAGUCGUCACAAACAGACCCACAGGAGUUUGGACAGUCAGUUAGCAAAGAAGUGCCCCCAUUGCGGCAAGCUAUACGUUUCCAUGCCGGCGCUUUCAAUGCACAUAUUGACGCACAACCUGAAGCACCAGUGUGACAUCUGCGGGAAGGCAUUCAGUCGUCCCUGGCUCUUACAGGGGCAUCGACGCGCCCACACGGGCGAAAAGCCGUACGGCUGUGCACAUUGUGGCCGAGCCUUCGCAGAUCGCUCUAACCUUCGUGCACAUAUGCAGACCCACUCAUCCCUUCGACUUCAUGAAUGCACGCACUGUAAGAAACAGUUUGCUUUGAGAGCCUAUCUGAACAAGCAUUUGGAAACGUGUGGACGGAAUGCCACCUCAGUCCCCUCCUCCACCAUAACUAACACGUCUGAUCAGAGUAAUCCUGCUGAGCAGAAACCUAUUUUGCCGUUGAGUAUAGCAGCAUUGGUUGGAGACUGUUAG